GGAUUAGAAAUUAAUUUACUAGGUUGCCAUUACUACAGUAUAUAAUCUGCGCGUGCGUUUGAGGUUGCCGAUAUCUCUGAUUCUCUGCCGCAGCUCCGUAAUAACGGCAGCAACAAGGUGUACUAACUCGUGAAUUCCUGUUUCAGAAGGGUUACGGAUUAUGAAUCCGUUUGCGCGUUUAUCGGCUCUGUCGCAGCCCAUCUCCGACAUGGCGGCUUCUAUUAACGCUCUGGAGCACCUUUUGCUGUACCGUUUCAACAACAGGAAGCUUCUGGAGGAAGCUCUUACCCACUCUUCUUUCACAGACUCCUCCUCUUACCAGCGUCUGGAAUUCCUGGGUGACAUGGCUUUAGGGCUGGCCAUCUCCAACUUCGUCUACUUGUCCUAUCCCGAGCUUGACCCCGGCCAACUCUCUCUUCUUAGGUCAGCCAAUGUCAGCACCGAGAAGCUCGCUAGGGUAGCUGUCCGUCACAGCCUCUACAGAUAUGUCCGCCACAAUGCCCCUUCUCUUGAAGAAAAGGUGAAGGAGUUUGUGCUAGCAGUCCAGGAAGAAGACGAGACUGAAUUCUAUGGCGGAGCAAUCAAAGCACCAAAAAUUCUUGCAGACAUCGUUGAGUCUAUAGCCGCUGCUGUAUACGUUGACGUUGGAUUCGAUUUGAAGGAGUUUUGGAAGGUCUUUAGAGGCUUACUUGAGCCAAUAAUCACCCCUGAUGUGCUGCAAAAGCAACCUCAGCCUGUGACAAUGUUAUUUGAACAUUGCCAGAAAGUCGGAAAAUCUGUUGACAUAAGAUACAAUAAGACUGGACUGAACAACACUGCAAGCAUCUACAUUGAUGGAGAACACCUAGUCUCUUCAUCUUCAGAGCAGAAGGAAAAUGCGAGGCUUCAUGCUGCAAAGGCUGCACUAGAGAAGCUGGCUUAUAAAGUUGAAAAAAUCAACUUUGAGUUCGAUGAGACUAUGGGCAAUGAUGGAGCAAAACAGAAAUUGUAUGAACUUUGUGGGAAAAAAAAAUGGUCGAAACCUACUUACCGGGUUGAGAAUGAGAUAGGCCCAUCACACGACAAGAACUUUGUCUGCUCAGUUGAAGUAGGUAGCAUUGAUGGUUUAGCUAUUACAGUUGGUAAUAAGAAGUCUCAGGUGCUAUUCGCUACUGGAAAUAAAAUGUUGCGGAUCAGAGAUGCAGAGAACUCAGCUGCCUAUUCCAUGCUAUGUGCUCUGAAAGAUGCAAAUGUCAUAUGAUUCUCUCCACUUCUUAUGGACCGGUGAAAUUAACGGCACGUGGAGUUGCUCUUCCAACCGUCCGGGUGAAAUUUGAAUGAUCCAAUUGCUGGUUGAAGCAUUCUUUGGAAAAAAUAAAUGUCAUGUUAUCUCAAGGUUCGGUACAUUCCCAUUUGCACGCACAGCUUUUUGAAACAGACGUUACUUUUGAGCUUUGAAGAUAUUCUCCGUAUAAGCAAGUCUCAUAUCAUUAGAUAAAGUUAGACUUGACUUUACUUUAUUUAUUAAAAUAAAAUGUCAAAUUAACCUAUUGAUGAAACAUUACAGUUAACGUGUUAUGUGAAACAGUGAAAGCAUGAAAAUGAUUAAAUGACAUGUUCUGCACCCUAAUGUUAUCUCAACACUUUUACAUGUU